AGUUGUUACGCACUGACGCCUUUCUUUCUGCUUGGAACAGUUUGCAGCAUGGGGCGCUUCGUUCACACCGUCUCGUUCUUGCUGUUGCUUGUAAUAUGCCUGGAAUUGACAAUCGGGUCAAUUUUGUACUGUGGUCCACCCAACCAUCAGCUAAGGAAACAUGCCGUGAAGAAGGCGCGCGUGUCAGGGCGUGUUCGAGAGUUAAUGAAGAAGUAUGAACGUUGCUUGCGCUCCGAUUCUACAAGAAUGCUGAUUCAGAAGUACGGAUUCAACUACAACAUCUCGGCAUGCAAUGGUGACCUGAGCCCUGAUGAGAUCUGCAAUAACCCCGAUCGAGUUGCUGAGUUCUACGAUUGCUAUUUCAAGCAGCAUUACCAAAUCUUCCGCAACGCUAAUGCCACAGCUGAAGAGCAGAUGAAGAUGCAGACUUUUUGGAAAUGCAUGAAGGAUGCUUUCAAAGGUUUUCAACACGCUGUAAUGAGGAAGCGUUAGUUAGUUACAGCCAACUGAGGCACGGUGGAACAAACCAACCAGGCUGAAUUCGUCAUAUGCGGAUCAAGACAACGCUGUUCAGUGACCGUCUUUCGCGUAUUGAAUAAAAGUGGACAGUGGAUAGCCUCCAUUGUGCGAGCCUAAAGAACGCUAAGAUAAACAGCCGUAAC